GACAUGAAUAUGAAAGAAUAAUUACAAUUGACCAGAAAGAGUUUGAUACUACUGGAUUUGGUAUUGAUGAUUUAAUUGAUGCAUAUGUGCAAACUGUGUUAAGCGUUAUUGCUAUAGAUAAAAUGUGUCAGAAACUUUUUGUUAAUAAUGAGUUCAAUUUUGAAUUAUAUCGCACGUUGAACUCCGAUGAUGUCUUGUUAAAUGAGUUAUUAUUGUAA